UGGGAUACGUUACAAGAAGACUGAGAAAUUAUCUCGUGAUCUUAUCGGUCUCAGCCAUCCAGGAAUGGUGUGCGCGAAAGGCUUCAAUGUAGCAAUUUCCGAGGAACGACCUGCUCUUUACAAUAGUUUCACCAUAAUAGUCCACGAAAUCGGGCAUUUGCUCGGGUGCACGCACGAUGGAAGUGGUCCCUUGGAAUAUAUCCCGAAUCAUCCUGGUGCUCUUGACUGCAAGUACCCAGAGAAAUACAUUAUGAACUCUGCAUGGCCAAUUAGACCACCUUUCGUGUUUUCGAAUUGUAGUGAGGUGCAGAUGGAAUUUGUUUUGAAGCUACAUGGAGAGCAAUGCUGGAAAACACAAUCCGACUAUGACUUUUUUACCGUCACCAAGGAGGUUGCGGGCCGUUUCAUCACACCGGAGACGUUCUGUCAACGCAUUAACCCGCAGCAAUACUCAUCGGCAAGUAUGGAGAACUGCGUCAUAACGUGCAGUAAUAAUGUGCCCACCAAAAACGGUUACAACACAACAAAGGAAGAAAUCCACUUCGCUCCAUUUGGCUACCCAUGCGGGGAUAAUGGAGAGCGGUGCUGGUUCGGAAACUGCACAAAUAUUGACAGUGAGGUCUCCUCAACUGUUACAAGGUGAAAGAUUGCUGUCUCA